AACAAAUAAAUAUAUAAAUAAUAUAAUAAUGAGUUAAUCACUCUACUUUGACCCGAACCUUAAACCCCUAUUCUGAUUUAUUUUUUUAAAUUAUAAAAAGGGAAAAAUCAAAACUACAAAAUUACAAAUAUCUAUUUUGUUGGAAAAAAACCUCUCUUGAUCUGUGUACUGAGAUUAGCAGAGGUUUAAAGAGAGAAAAUCAAGAUCAAUUUACUUCUAAAGCUUACCUCUGUUUCCGUGGGACGAAAACUGAGUGUUUCUGAGUUGGUAGACUGUGAGGAUGAAGAAUAGCGAAAGAAUAGCAAAUGUUGCUUUAGCAGGUUUGAGUUUGGCCCCACUGGUUGUGAAAGUGGACCCAAAUAUAAAUGUUGUGCUUACAGCUUGCCUCACUGUUUUUGUGGGUUGCUGCCGUUCUGUUAAGCCAACUCCACCUUCGGAGACAAUGUCGAAUGAACAUGCAAUGAGAUUCCCCUUAGUUGGAAGUGCAAUGCUCUUGUCGUUGUUCUUGCUUUUUAAGUUCCUCUCAAAGGACCUGGUUAAUGCUGUAUUGACGUGCUACUUUUUCGUACUUGGCAUUGCUGCUUUUUCUGCAACACUGUUACCUUCUAUCAAAAGAUUCUUGCCGAAAAAGUGGAAUGAAGAUCUCAUAAUAUGGCACUUCCCAUAUUUCCGCUCUCUGGAGGUUGAGUUUACAAGGUCCCACAUCGUUGCUGCAAUUCCUGGAACUAUCUUCUGUGCAUGGUAUGCUAAAAAGAAGCAUUGGCUAGCUAACAAUGUAUUGGGCCUUGCAUUCUCUAUUCAGGGAAUUGAAAUGCUUUCACUUGGAUCAUUUAAGACUGGUGCCAUACUAUUGGCUGGACUUUUUGUGUAUGACAUUUUCUGGGUCUUUUUUACUCCAGUGAUGGUUAGUGUUGCCAAGUCUUUUGAUGCUCCUAUCAAGCUUUUGUUCCCCACAGCGGAUUUGAAACGUCCCUUUUCGAUGCUGGGUCUCGGGGAUAUUGUAAUUCCUGGCAUUUUUGUGGCAUUGGCACUCCGCUUUGAUGUCUCCAGAGGAAAGGAGCCUCAAUACUUUAAAAGUGCAUUUUUGGGAUAUGCAGUUGGUGUGGUUUCAACCAUUGUUGUUAUGAACUGGUUUCAAGCUGCUCAGCCCGCAUUGUUAUAUAUUGUUCCAGCUGUAGUUGGAUUUUUGGCCGUGCACUGCAUUUGGAAUGGUGAUGUGAAGCCGUUGUUGGAGUUCGAUGAGUCAAAAACGCAGAGCACUGAAGAAGUCGCAGCGAAAGAGAGCAAGAAAGUAGAAUGAGGCUUUAAGAAGAUUUACAGUAGGAUAUAUGACCUUCCAACUGCAGAUAUUGUUGGUUAAGAAAAGGCUCUUUUGUUUGUACUUUUUAGAUUAUUGUUAGUGAAACAUUGAUGAGAUUGGUUUCAUAUGUUAUUUACCCAAAUCAACAUUUCAAUUGUCAAUCUUAAUAUUUUUUUUUUUAA